CACAAAAGUGUCUAUUCGUCAAUUGGGUUAAUGUCUCUACUGGUUUAACUUAAAGUCAGUUCAUAACUUCUAAAACAUGGAAGUACAUCUAUUGAAAUAUAGGGUCUAUCUUCUGUGCUAUACGACAGCCGUGUGUUUGGGUUGUUUUGAAAAUGACGGAUAUUUUGCCUGGGGAACUGGAUCCCGAACACCACUUUGUUGCCCGGAAUCAUGUCGUAGUGACGAAGAUCUAGAUAGAUGUUGCGCUUGCGCAGCACUUCCCUGCUGGGAACAUCGCAAACUCAACAAUGAUUUUAAAUGUCCGGAAACUCUGGGAUCGAUACAUUUGGAGAUACUGGACAUAUUUGGAACAUCCAAACUGAUUAAAAUUGAUAAUGCAACCAUACAAGAGCUUGAUUAUUCGAAUCAACGUCUUACAAAACUACCUGACAACAUUUGUGACUAUUCUGACAGCCUUGUAAAGCUGGACAUGUCCAAUAACAAGAUUAAAAACAUUUCACAAAUCAAAUGUUUAGUGAAUUUGGAUUCCCUGCGUCUGGACAACAACUUAAUCACCGAGGUUAGAAAUGACACAUUUAGCGUUAUGAAGAAUUUACGCCUACUGACCAUGGCUAACAACAAAAACUUAAAAAAACUUGAACCCAAUACUCUUGACAUUGGGGAACAAAAUAUUUACAUCUCAGAUUUCAGUCAGAACUAUUUUGACUCUGUUGAUAUCACAAAUGUUUUUAUGCCUGGUCUAUUUUGCAAAGUCAACAUGUCCGAUGGAAUAAUAGGAGACAUUACGAACGAAAAUGAUUACAAAAUAACGACCAUCAAUGGUCCUGGCGAUUUCUACGGUGAACGCUCUGGUCUAAAGAACCUUUUCAAUUUGACAUCACUUGGCUUGGAGUUUAAUGAAUUUCCUAUAUAUGUGAAAGAAUCGUUGCAUAUUGAUGCCAGCUAUCUUCAAUGCGAUUGCAAUCUAUUCCCAUUAUUUUCACAGACGAAAGAGUGGGCACGAAGGUACUGGGCUAAUUUAGAUAAGGCAGAUUUUAUCUGCAAGAGUCCAGAGUCGAUGAACGGAGUUGAUCUGAAGAUAGUUUACGAGAAAAACUUGUAUGUCAACCUGGUGUGCGAGCUCGAACACUGUCCAAGUUUUUGCCACUGUUUAGAUAAACCUAGUGAAAACAAGGUGAUAGUAAACUGUUCUGAUAGGGGACUAUCGGACUUUCCAGAGGAUAUGCCAAUCGGGUACUGGAACAACAAAAACCUGGACCUACUCCUAGAUGGGAAUCAAAUAACAGAGAUGCCAAAUACGAGCUUUCUUUGGAGACUGGUCGGGGUCGAUCUAAGAGGAAACCCACUCAAGGUUAUACACAAGGGGGUGGGGCAGGCCCUUUCUUUCGAAAACAUAAUACAAGACGGAGUAAACCUUUUCAACCAGGAGCUUGAUACUUUAGACGAACAGUUCGCGAGUAUGGAUCCCAACAAGAUUGUGUUUGGUAAAUUCCCAGUUAGAUGUGAUUGUACAAACCUCUGGAUAGGGGACUGGAUAAGAAACAGCCAGGCAAACGGUAGACUCCUGUGUAGUGUUGGUGAUCGCAUUCUGCCAGCAGAACUUGUGAACAGCGAACUAUUGGGAUGUGUAGAGACAAGUAUUCCUACCGAACAUUUCGUGAUACCAAUUUUGUUCUUUAUCGCCUUAAUUGUAGCAGUGAUUUUUCUGGGAUAUUUGUUUAGAUACGAGGUAUACCUUAUUUUACGAAACUUAGGAAAAGAUUCUAGAAAAGGUGGAUUCACGACUGAUGCUUUUAUUUCAAUUUGUGAAAACAAUGAGGCUGCUCAGCAUUUUGUGAGAUAUGAAAUUAUAAAGGCAUUAACUGAUAAAAAAUAUUCGAUUUUCUUGCCCCUUAAACAUGUGGUUGUAGGUGACAGAGAUGUCGGCGUUCUGACUGGUGCACAGAAGUGUAGACACUUUAUCAUUGUUCUAUGUGAUCAGUACGGUAGCGAAAACAACUCCGUGUCCGAAUUUAACAUACUUUGGAAACAGUUCAGGAAGGAUACAUCAACGAAUAUAACUGUACUUAAUUUUGAUGGUCUGGAGCGAGGGGAUAUUUAUGAUAGAAGGAUUCGAGCACUAACUCGCGUUACGCGACAAAUCCAUUUUAAAGACCGAACCUCCCUCUACAUUGAUAGAUUAAUGGCACGUUUGGGACCUCCUUCUUACAACCGCCAUGAAAACCUUUUCGAUCGUGGAAGUGUUAAAAGGGUAGGAGGCGUUGUUAAGGUUAGAGUGAAAGAAUGUGACAUGAAUUCAUUGGUGGGGAACGAUGGAAUAGGGAAACUUCCAUCUGCUGUGAGCACAGCCUUUAAACGAAAUGAGCCCCGAGAAGAUGGGUGCGGCUGCAAACCUAGAUUCCGAUGCGAUGCCCACCGAGGACGGAAUGAAGCUUUAGAGCAUGGGCAGUUGAAUGUGUAACCGUUGGUGGAACCGUUGGUGGAAAUAUUUGAUGUCGAAUCACUGUUUUAAACCAAUAUUUGUACACAAACACUUCUUUGAUGUCCUUUUUAUUAGCUUUUGCUUAAUGUUUUAUGCCGUAGUAUUACAAAAAGUUGACUGUUAUUCUUUUUCCUUGAAAUGCAUAAAAUUCCAUAGUUUCGUUUUAAUUUGAACUUCAAUUUCAAAUCAAUAUAUAUUGCAGUUUAAUUGUUUCUAACAUAUAUCAUGUCAUGUAUUAUGAAAAAUUCUCAUUGUAUAUUUAUAGAAUAAUACAUGGUUGACCAUG